GCUUGCGAUGCCAACGACGGAGCAUCCGACGACGCUCGACGUUCAGCGCACGCCUUCCUUCGAGGUGCGUCAGUGCGACUUCGUCGCGCGUCCACGGACCCAUUUCUAGCCCGCCGGUGACUGACAAACAGCCACGUAAACUCGCGCGUUUAAGAGAGAAACUCAGGUAGAAGACUGUUCUAUGGCCUGUCCUUGGAGAGCCGCAGUCGGGACUGGCUCCUUCGAGGGAAAACUACCAGCCUGAACGAGCCAUGACGAGCAGCGCGAGCGACGCGCCUGUGACCAAGUCCGACUCGCUUCCCGUGAGCGACGAAGCGUUGCCAGCGCAGCCUUCACCCAGCAGCGUUCAGACCUCGGCGGCAGAAGGGGCGGUAGGCGGCGGUUCCGCAGUCGCCGACGAGCACCAGCAGCAACCGGCGGCGGCACCGGCCAGUGGCGGGCACGAGGGCGAGGCGGAGCCCAGCGACGCGUCCGUCACCAAGGAGGAGAUGGAGCGGUACAUCAAGAUCUCGCGCGACCUGAAGCUGCGUCGCGGCUCGCUCAUGCCUCCGGGCGGCACGUCGGGCAAAGCCAUCAACGCCACGAUGACCGCGCCCAUACUACCCCUGAGUGCUGGCCUCAAGAAGAAGGCCAGCCUAACCAUGGAGGCGCGCGUCGAGCUCUAUGGCAAAGGACGCGUCAAGCUGUCGUUCGACGGCGUUUCAGAAGAGGGCCAAGCCGGCACGGGCGGCGUGCAGCCGCUCCACCAGGACGAGUCGGCCACCAGCUUGGUGCGCCGCGGCGGCCCUUCGACGGCGAUCACGCCGCGCAGGCUGAGCCUCGAGGAGCGCGCACCUCCGCCCCCGCCAACGCCGGCGCCUUCGCUGGCGUCGCUGCAAAAGCGAAACAAGUCGAUGGACUUCGCCACCAUCCCGCUCAAGGACGACGACCAUCCAGAGCCGUCGAACCCAGCCUGACACGGCGUUCACGCGUAGCAUGUCGCGAGCCAUCUGAACGGUUCUCAGGGGCGAGCGUCUUCACUAGUUACAUCGUUAUCGCUUGCCGCAAGAGGACAGUUUGGGGUUUUCGCAUCCGACAUAUGUGAUCGAGGUUUCUUUAAAUUCAGCCUGGAGCGCCGUCAGUUACUCACAAAGCCUGAGCCCCCUGCUGUUUGUUUUAUCAGCAAUUUUAACCUUUAAGUGUACGAAGUGGAUGCGUAAAAUGCGUUUUCAGUAAAGGUCUGCCGCUUGUAUGACUAUGUUUCUAGCUAAACGUACUAAUCAUGGUCAUGCUAUCAAUAAAACAGCUGGAGUUGCAA